GGGUUCAUGGCCUAAUGGUAAGGCGUUAGAUUUCGGUUUCCUUACUGAUCCUCUAAAGAUUGCAGGUUCGAUCCCUGCUGAGCUCGAUCUUUUUAUUCUUUUUUUUGCAUUCUUUUAUGCUAGAUGAAUGAGCUACAUAUGUAGAAUGAGACCUGAGAUUUUCACAAGUACAUUACAGAGGAAGAGGAAACAUAGAAAAAGACUACUAGGUAGGAUGUCUGGCAUUGUCUGCACGCCGAGCCAAUUAAAAGUACUCUGUUAAAUGAAUUAGGAAAGCAAUGAUGAAUAUUCCCGUACCGAGGUAAAGUUGCGCUGUACGUUAAAGUUCAAGUUAAACUUUGAUCGCCACCCCAGCAGACCUGUAACUCAAUUCACCACAAUUCACCACUGAUCACACUCGGCGCUACCUAUUCUCGUCUUCAUUUUUUAUUCUUCACUUUUUUCACGAGAACCACCAAUACCACCACCAUCACCAUGGCAUCCCGUCUAACCCGCCUCACCCGUCUCGCAAGACAGCCACUCUCCCUUCCACAACACCACCUCCCCACACCACCAAUAUCACCGCUCCUCCUCACCAUCCGCCACGCCUCCAACUCCAACUCCCCCUCCCCAAACCCCUUCCAAACCAUGCCCGCGCCGCCUCGUCUCCCCACCGACCAACAAGCCGAGUUCGAGCAGCUCCAGCGCACCGCCAACACCCAGUCCGGCUUCAACCCAACCUCCACCCCGGACUUCUCCUCCUCCUCCUCUAGCCCCACCGCCACUACCGCCGCUUCUUCCGAGACCACCGCAACGAUAAAGGAAGGAGAAGAGUUCACCCCGAUGCCCCUGCGCAAGGGCGCGCCCCCCGAGUUCGAGGGCGAGGUCAACCCCAAGACCGGCGAGGUCGGCGGCCCCAAGAACGAGCCCUUGCGCUGGGGCGCGGCGGGCGAUUAUAGCUUUAACGGGCGCGUCACCGAUUUCUGAGUGGAUGAGAGAAGGAAAUAAAUAAAUAAAAAAAAAAACUUUUCUGGCUGCGCAUCAGACAAGACGGUCCGAUAGAUAGAACAUCCCUCGCAGUAAGAGCCGACUGUAUGUCCUGCGCAGAUUGCGUCGUCUGCGUCGCCUUCUCUGCCCGAGUCGACUUGAUCUUUCCCCCCCUCCUCCGUCGGGUCGUAUCCAUAGGCCAUGAUGAAUUCUAUACACGGCCAGCCCAGACAGCCGCUGCCUGGGUCUAGUUCGUUCGUCGCCGAGCUCACUACUAAGCAGGAUUGCGUUAUCCACGGGCACCGGAAUUUUGACCAGGAUGGGCAAGUCAUCGCUCUUAUGACCGUAGAGGUCUUGGAUGCUUCAUGAGAACGACUUCCACGACUCCAACUUUUUCUUACCUUAGUUCAACAAAGUGACAUCUGGGGUGUCAGGGGCUUAGCCUCGUUUACGUGUAUAUAUAUGAAUAUACUUUGGGUGUAUGUGACGUCCCACGUUACAACACCAGCAUACAGAUGAGAACAAGCCGUGUACAACAUAGUUAGAUCUAGCAACCAGCCCAUCUACA